ACACUCAUUCACAUGCACUCAUCUUGAACUGCGCUCCAUUUUGCAGAAUGGGCAAUGUCUAGAUCGUUUCGCUUGGCCCAAAUUUUAUUCGUUUUCAAUUCUCAUUGUACAAAUUGUAAACUCGGCACUUUGUGGUCGUGUUCUUACGCUUCUAUUCAGUCUGCUGUCUGUGUUUGUUUGGUUGCUUGUUCAAAACGUAUUUGUUGUAUUGUUUUGUGUCUCUCCCAUUUGUCGUAUGCGUUUGUAUGUAUUUAUGUAUUUUAACCAAACAACUAAUAUGUAAAUCGUUAUUUAAGUUCCUUCCAACGGCGAGCAAUACCACAUGUAUGAGAUGAAAAAUAACACGAUAUGUACGAUUUUCCUCACUUUGGAGAGCGGCAACAGUUUGCACUCGUUUCGAUUUCCUCACGGCAUUGUGUGUGCAUCAGGGCAGCAAAUGAAAAUUAUAUGAAAAGCUAGCUAUAUGUAAACAUUAUAUAUAGACAGAACAGAAACAGAUACAGAUGUAGCCUAUUGUAUGCACUAAUUUAUUGCAAAAUAGCUACGCGCAUAACUAUAAGAUUUAGCUGUUUAAUAAGCAUAUAAAGUAUAUAUUAUAUAUUUCGUAAAGGCAGCGGAAGCAGUGACAAUUGUAGAAACAUACCCUAAUGAAAAGUUUACUUCAAAAUAUCACACUUAACUAGAAUGCUGUACAAACAAAAGUCGUAAAGUGCAUAAUAUAUAAAUAAAUCUAAUAUACACACUGUAUAUGUCUGUGCUAGCAUCCUUUCAGCGAUACAGCGCAUAUUUAGCAUUCAUAGAGAACCCAACCAACCAACCAACCCGUAUCCGUACAGUAGCAUUAGAAUCGAAGCUAAUCUAUAAGCCCAGCAACAUAAACAAAUGAAAAGGAAUCCGCAUAAAGAAACUAAUUUCUUUAGAGCAAUCAUUAACACACACAUACCACAAACCACAGACAACACACAAAUCAAUUGAUAAAUUAAUUCAACAAGAAAAAUUUAAAAGUCUAUUUUAAAUAUUGUAUAUGUUUAAUAUGUCGGAAUUUAUAAGACGAUCGAGCGCGCGGAGUGGAGAAAUUUAUAGUAUGUGCUGCAUGAAUUAUAUCUAAAUUAUAGUAUGGAAUGCCGCAUCGAUGAUGCGACGAGCGAAAAACUUAAAUAGUGGCUAAGUUAAAUUUAUUUACUAACGCUUUGGGUUUGAGCGUUUCAAUUGCUGGAUCUAUAUAAGCCACAAACAAAAUAUAUAAGUGUAAUGGAGCGGAAUAAGCAAACAAAAAGUAUAAGUCGCCCCAACCACAAAUAACAAAAACAAAAAAAAAAAUGGCAAAAAGUAACACUGAAAAAUCUAAAAAAUGAAGGGAAUACAAAAACCGAUUAAAUAUGGAAUAUGUUUAAAUAAGUAUUUUAGUGUUAAUUAUACAAUUUACAAGUACACAACACAAACAAAACAACAAUAUAAUAUAAAAAUGAAAUAAAGUUUUAAAACAAUAUUUGUAAAAAGUAAAGUAAUGGAAGUGUUUUAUUUUUUUGUUGUGUUGGAAUAGACGCUCUAAUCCUAGUCAUCGAAAUUGCUAUUCUAAAGAAAAAAACAUUUCAACAAUUAGAGAAUAUUCAAUAUGAACUCAUAUGAAGAUACUUAAAGUAAUAGAAGCAACGCUGGUGAUCCUAAUGAUCAGAACUAUUUUUCCUCAGUUGUUGAAUUCACAAUAUUCAUUUGGUAUUCCAUAAUAGUCUGCUAUUUGCAAUCACAACACCACCAGUUGGACCCAAUCUGCUGAUGGGAUACAUCAUCAAAGAGAUUUCUCUUCCCGCUGGCAUUAAUUGAACAAUUUUGCAGAAAACGCGUGUGGCCGGCUAGCUAUCUGCCUAUCUGGAUAUCUGGCUCUGGCUGAGACAAUUGGUCCGGCACACGCACAUGGCUAAUGAAUGAACACCACCGGCCAUUCGGUCAGGGAACGGGGUAUUGGUAUGUGGUAUUCGUUGUCGGGGCAACCGGCCGUUCGAUUGCGGCCCAUACAAAUGGAUGGGGCUGAUACACACACUCACUGGAGCGUGUUGACGUUAGGCUUGGCGCUGCACAAAAUCGAUAGGUUCAGGAGUGUGGAACAAUGCAUAUCAAGCGAAGUCCAUCCAAAGGCUGCUCGCGAGAUCAGAAAAUCGAGUACGGCCACUAAUCCCAUAAAUGCGGCAAGGUGGCGUCCUGUUUUUACACUUGCAUGGGUCUGAUACGGACAGUUGGAGGUGUGGGAGGCGGUGGCAGCGACGCACAGAUGCCGGAGGAGGCGGUGUCCACUCUAAAUCAUUGCCCGACCUACCGGCAAAUCCCAGGUGCCGGAACGGGCGCGGGAUCAGCACCGGCCAAGCGAGUACCCGUCCUAUUUUCCACCAACCGGGGACUUUAUCUGCGCCUGGCCCAACCUCUGGGGGACCAGAUGCAGAUGGAAGCGCUGACACUGCAGCCACGCGUCCAGAACUACCAUAUCAGCUUCUGCGACCUGGAGCGCUGGAGUACCAAUCGGGCGAAUGUGGUCAGCCUGGAGGACACCUUUACCAUCAUGCAACAGCGAAAUAUGUCGCCGGAGUCUGUGAACUACCAGCCACGCCUGUGGAAGAACAACGUCAGCUACAGCCUGAUGCACUGAACUGAAAGCACCUCAAGAAAUUACAUCUAAGCAAUACAAUA